AUGACUGAAAAAACUUCUUUUACUGCUAUUCCGUUUGAGGAUUCUCAAGUUCCUAGUGAACGAGAAUUGCCACCUUACAGUGAGAAACCUCGUUAUACAUUUCCUCCAACUUCUCUUGACUCCAAUCCGCAUGAAUGUCGUUAUCAGCAAAGAAAGAAAGCUUGGAGAAAGGCGUUGCUUGUUGUAUUACUUGUAUUUUUGGGAGGAAGAUUCUUAUUAGCUGGAAUUUCGUACUUCAUGUUUAAUGCCAAUGAUGAUCAAUAUAUUUGGAUUCAAGUUCCUGGCAUGGAUCCAGAAAUUGGAUCACAUGAAAUGCCAUAUAAUGCUCCACCAUCCGAAGCAACUCUCAACGUUCCAGAAUCUCCUACAUGUGAUUCCUCCGUAAAGUGGAAUGGUCCAAGUGAAUUGUUAUUAGAUCCUAAUGAUGUCACUGGAUUGAUUUUUAAGGUUAAAGGGAUAGCGCACGGAAGUGUUAUUAUUCGUCAAGAUCCUAACGCAAAAGAUUUUCUCAAUGUUACAAAUAAAAUCUUCCUUUCUGACGAUUCUCUUCAAGAACAAGUUGAUAUUAGAAUUGAUAUCAUCGAUGAAGACUAUUCUGUCACUGUUGAGGCUCCAUCAUUUGAAGGUCCUCGUCCUUCCCAAAAAUGUGUCCGAGUUGAUACUAUCAUAACCAUUCCAAGCCAAAUUCAUGUCUUCAGAUCACUUUUAGUUGAUGUACCAAAUAGUUGGAUUUCUGCUGAAGGUUUGGGAGCUAUUGAUUUCGCUUAUGUCAGUCUUAAGACUAUUAAUGGACAUAUUCGUGUUGAUGAUAUCAGUGCCGCUAUUGCCGAAGUUGCCACCAUUAACGGACACGUUAAAGGUGAUUACGUAAUCGCCGAGAGUUUUGAUGUUCGUACUAUAAAUGGCGCCAUUGGAAUCCAUACAAUUAUUAACCCUUGGUCUGAUGAAAUAUCCAUUACUACAAAAUCCGUAAACGGUCAUGUAGAUGUUACAGUGCAUGAAUUGAACAAAAAACAAGUCCUUAACUUCAAAGCUGGAUCUGUCAACGGUGGCGUCGUCGCAACUAUGCCUGAUACAUACCAUGGAGAUUUCUCUGUCUCCACAUUAUUUGGAUAUUCAUAUGUUGAGGGUAAAGAUAUUACAUAUGUAAGAAAGUCACGAAAUGUCAAGACUGUAAAGAAAACGAAGAAAUCUAAGAAAGGAUGCCGUCAUCACAAACAUCAUCACAAACAUCACAAUAGUCAUGAUGAUGAAAAGACAUCACAAAUUGUUAUCGAAGCAGUAACUGGUUCUCUUGAAUUAUACUUGUAA